AUGCGUGAAUAUGAGAAACUUCUAGAGGGAUGGGCUGAACAACUGGGAAAAGUAUCAGAGUCCAUGCUUGGUAUGCUCGCCAUUUCAGAAAGCCGAAGAGCUUCAGGCCAAGCGGUGCAAUCGCAGAAUCUUCAGAUUCUAGCUUUUGUAUUCAUUCCUAUAUCUACCGUGGCUUCUGUAUUCGGUAUGAAUACAUUGGAAGUGAAUGAAUCGAAGCCGAAAAUGUGGCAAUUUGCCGUGGCUGCGAUCGGAUCUAAAAUUCUGGCAGCGCUUAUCGCUUGGCUGUAUCAUUAUCACGACUCGAUUUCUGUCAUCAAGCUUCUUAAUGCGAUUAAACGCCCGGACUCAUCUAUUUAUCAGUCGAGUGCAUCGAUGCUAUUUCCUAUAAAUAAUCAGACCGAGGAACCCACGCAAUAUGGUUCUCCCCAGUUUCCGGUGCGCCCUCAGCGAGUUUCACAAGAGCAUAUAAGCGAUUUCUCGCUUGAGAGUGGGCCUGGGAAUUUAUCGGGAGCUUCUGGUGAGGAAAACUUGCCAUUGGACGAGUUCUUCGUCGAUCACACGGGACUUCAGAAUCAAUCGUGUGCGGUGAUGUAG